UAAAUUUUUAGCGGCAAAAAUGUGGUGCUUCUUUGUUGUGAAAAAUAGUAAUUAAUUAUUUACCCACUCUCCACUCUCAACUCUUCUUCACACUCUCCGUUCCAUAUCCCCAAAGAAUUUCUCCUCUCCGAAUUUCAAUUUUAUCGGUCGAUCCUCCUAUUCAAGGGUUUUCGAAUUUGGUGGUGUUGGAGUUGGGUAUUGGAGGUGUUGAUCCAAAUCGUUCUCUUCUCUCAACCCAUUUUUAAAGUGGCUCAGCCCUAGGUGAAGAGGUGUGUGUAUUUUAACUUUAUAUUCUUUGGGAAUGAAGAAGAAACUAAGAGAUAUUGUUGCCAAAAGAUGUGUUGAUUUUGAUUCAAGGGAAUCACGAAAGAGGCGUUCUAAGCGCUUGAAAUCUCUUUCAGUUGGCCUAGCAACUACAGAGGAUGGCAACGAUGGAGAAAUGAAUGAGAGGGAAGGAGAUAACAUUACAAAUAAGUUGUUUGUUGACCAAUCUCAAGAUUUUUUGCCAGUAGUUGGAAAAAAGCCACCUAAUAUUAGAGACAAUCUUGAUAGUACGCACAUGACUCCAAGAUCACCAUUACCAUCAGAUUCGCUAGCAUCUCUUGCCCUUUUGAAGUUAGCUUCUAGGGGACAAGUUUCACCAAUUUUAGAUAGAUCACAAAAUGUAGGAGAACUUGUCAAUGUUUGUGAGCCAAGUAGGCAACAACUUCCUAAGAAACGUAGAGGCCCUACAAAAACGAAACCCAUUGCAAUUGAGGAGUGCAAUAAAGUGGGUGUAACAUUCGACCAGUUUGGACAACCAAUUGAGGAGGCUUCGAUUGGGUUGUCUUCAUUUUUAGGUCCACUCGUGAGAGAGGUAGUGCCUGUGACUUUAAGUGAUUGGAGAAAAUUGUCAACAAGAUCCAAAGAAAUUUUAUGGACAUCAAUUCAAUUUAGGUAUAAUGUGAAAGAAGAUUGGCAAAGAAAAUGUAUCUUUCAAAAGAUGGGUAGACUGUGGAGAGCAGAAAAAUCACGAAUUUUGUCACAAAUUCAAUCAACUUCCACUAAUGAAGAGCUUGUUAAAAUGAAGCCAUCCAAUAUACAAUCUGUGCACGAUUGGAUGGAAUUUGUGAAAGAAAAGAAGAGCACAAGGUUCAAGGCUAAAAGUGAAAAGUUCAAAUCAAUGAAGGAGAUGCAACUUCCAAGUACACGUCGUAAGAGUUAUACUAGAUUGGCAGAAGAAAUGGCAAUGCAGAAUAAAUUAAGCGAUAAUGUGGCCAAAAGAUGUAUUGAUUUUGAUUCAAAGGCACCACGAAAGAGACGUUCCAAGCGAUUAAAAUUUCUUUCAAUAGACCUAGCAACUACUGAGGAUGUCAACGAUGGAGAAAUAAAUUCCAUGGAAGGAGUUAACAUCACAAAUAAGUUGUUUGUCGACCAAUCUCAAGAUUCUUUGCCAGUAGCUGGGAAUGAGCGACCUAAUAUUGGAGACAAUCUUGAUAGUACACACACCACUCCAGAAUCACCUUUACCAUCAGAUUCGCUAGCAUCUCUUACCCUUUUGAAGUUAGCUUCUAGGGGACAAGUUUCACCAAUUUUAGAUAGGUCACAAAAUGUAGGAGAGCAUAUCAAUGAUUCUGAACCAACCAUGCAACAACACCCCAAGAAACGUAGAGGCCCUACAAAAAUGAAACCCAUCGCAAUUGAGGAGUGCAAUAAAGUGGAUAUAACCUUCGACCAGUUUGGACAACCAAUUGGGGAGGCUUCAAUUGGGUUGUCUUCAUUUUUAGGUGCACUCGUGAGAGAGGUAGUGCCUGUGACUUUAAGCAAUUGGAGAAAAUUGUCUACAACAUCCAAAGAAAUUUUAUGGACAUCAAUUCAAUUAAGAUAUAAUGUGAAAGAAGUUUGGCAAAGAAAAUGUAUUUUUCGAAAGAUGGGUAGAUUAUGGAGAGCAGGAAAAUCACGAAUUGUUUCACAAAUUCAAUCAACUUCCACUAAUGAAGAACUUGUUAAAAUGAAGCCAUCCAAUGUACAAUCUAUGCACGAUUGGAUGGACUUUGUGAAAGAAAAGAAGAGUGCAACGUUCAAGGCUAAAAGUGAAAAGUUCAAAUCAAUGAAGAAGAUGCAACUUCCACACACAUGUAGUCGAAAGGGUUAUGCUCGAUUGGCAGAAGAAAUGAGAAAAAGUUGUUUGGAUUCAUCAUCUGUGACAAGGAUUGCAUUGCUGGCAAAAGCACACAGGAAGAAAGAUGAAAAUCCUGUUAACUCACAAGUUACAGAAACGUUGGGAAUGGAGAAGAAACUAAGUGAUAUGGUUGCCAAAAGAUGUAUUUAUUUUGAUCCAAAGACACUACAAAAGAGACGUUCUAAGCGCUUGGAAUCUUUUUCAAUAGGCCCAGCAACUACGGAGGAUGACAACGAUGGAAAAAUGAACAAGGAAGGAGAUAACAUCACAAAUAAGUUCUUCAUUGACCAAUCUCAAAAUUCCAUGGCAGCUGGAAAUAAGGCACCUAAUAUUGGAGACAAUCAUGACAGUACACACACAAUUCCAAGUUCACCAUUACCAUUAGAUAGUGACAGUACAGACAGAACUCCAAGUUCACCUUUAUCAUUAGAUAGAUCGCAAAAUUCAGGAGAACAUAUAAAUGUUUCUGAACAAACUAUGCAACAACUCCCCAACAACUGUAGAGACCCUACUAGAAUGGGAGCCAAUGCAAUUGAGGAGUGCAAUAAAGUGGAUAUAAUCUUCAAUGAGUUUGGACAACCAAUUGGCGAGGCUUCAAUUGGGUUGUCUUCAUUUCUAGGUCCACUCGUGAGAGAGGUAGUGCCUGUGACUUUAAACGAUUGGAGAAAAUUGUCAACAAGAUCUAAGGAAGUUUUAUGGAAAUCAGUUCAAUUAAGAUAUAAUAUGAAAGAAGAUUGGCAAAGAAAAUAUAUCUUUCAAAAGAUGGGUAGAUUGUGGAGAGCAGGAAAAUCACGAAUUGUGUCACAAAUUCAAUCAACUUCCACUAGUGAAGAACUUGUUAAAAUGAAGCCAUCCAAUAUAAAAUCAAUGCACGAUUGGAUGAACUUUGUGAAAGAAAAGAAAAGCGCAAUGUUCAAGGCUAAAAGUGAAAAGUUCAAAUCAAUGAAGAAGAAGCAACUUCCACAUACAUGUAGUCGCAAGGGUUAUGCUCGAUUGGCAGAAGAAAUGAAAAAAGGUUGUCCAGAUUCAUCAUCAGUGUCUAGGGUUGCAGUAUGGGCAAAAGCACACAGGAAAAAAGACGGAAAUCCUGUUAACUCACAAGUUGCAGAAGCAUUGGAGCGUAUUGAACAAAUUGACAAUGAAGGUAUAAAGACUACCUCAAAUAAUGUUGGCAAUGAAGCAAUAAGUAAAGUUCUUGGUUCUGACCGGGGUGAUACUGGAGCACUUGGAUUUGGAGUCACUGUAAAAAAGUUUUCUUUACUGUCUCAACUAGAUGGUCAUUAUGCAGAACUUGAAGAAACAAAUGACAAUGAAGGGAUAAUCACUGGUUCAAAUAAUGUGAUCAAUGAUGCAAUAAGCAAAGUUCUUGGUCCUGAUCAGGGUGGAGCACUUGGAUUUGGAGUCACUGUCAAAAAGUUUUCUCAACGAGAACAUUAUACCAAACUGGAAGAAAAGUAUAAAAAGAUGGAAGGAGAAAUGUCUGAAAUGAGAUCUUUGAUGUCUCAAAUUCUCAAAUCUCAAGGUAAUGGAAGUGAGCACCUUUCUAAUGCUACAAAUGAACAAAUUGUUAACAACGUUGCUACUAAUCCAAUUGGAUCUUCACCUUUGAGUAUUAAUGACAACAAUGCUCUUCCCAAGUGCAAAAUGUUAGAUUGGUGUGGUACAGGAGAGGUAGUUGCUGAAGGUCGAUGGUCUUCAAAUGACCCUAAAGUCAUUGUUCAUCAUGUUCCCCUCGGUCCACAAGCCGUAAAAGUGUGGGUGGACUUGCCAAAGAGGUCGGAUGCAUUUUUAUGGAGACCUAACUCAGAAAUGCAUUACAUCAAGGAUGCUGUUGGUAGUGCAGUAGCAUGGCCUCUUGACAAAGUUGUUAUGAGUAUGUACAUUAUUUAAUCAUUGUCUAGAACUAUUCUUUCAUCAACUAAUUUUUUUUAUGUAUGUAUUCAUUUAUUUUGUUCAUUAACUUUUUAUAGGUUGAUAAAAAAUUACUUUACUACCAAGAAAUGUCAUCGUCACAACACUAGAAGCUUUAGUUAUUCAAAUUUUUGUAACAUCAAAAUUUGUAACCAAUAGAUGGUAUGUUGAUCAACUUUAUAUUAAAUUGACAUUACUAACUAUAUUGGUAAUACUUGUACAUAUAAAUAUGCAUGUUGAUUGUACGGCCUAA